CACACCCUGACACGAACGCUCACACGCUUGUUUUGAUUUUCCUCCUGCUUUUGUCGUUGAUCAUCUCCAAAACAGAAGAACCACCCGAGAGAAUACUUCUUCCCAACACCACCUCCGCACACGCCCCACGCACCACACACUCGACGUUCCACGAUGCGAGCCACAAGCCUCGUGGCCGCAGCCCUUUUGGUGGGCCUUGCGGUCAUGUGUGCGCUUGCACCAAGCAUGGUCACCGCCACCGGCAAUUCCACUGCUCCAGCUCCGGCACCGCACAAUUCCACCAACUCGACGAGUACAUCCACGACAACCACUGUGACGACAACCGUUUCGACGACAACGGUCACCAACACUACGACCGGCAACGCCACGACUGAUGCUCCAACUAGUGCUCCAAGCACGCACUCAUCAUCAUCGUCGUCAUCUUCGUCUUCGUCUUCGUCGUCAACGACGACAAAUGCACCGACGACGAAAGCGAAAUCAACGACAACAGCACAGCCGACAACGCCAACGACAACACCCCGCGGCAAUGGUACCACGACUGCUGCGCCGCCAACAACCACCGUUCCCGCACACGAGAAGAUCGAAAGCGCCGUGCUCGCCAAAGGCUGGAUCCCGUUUACCGUCAUCGUCUUUGUCUGCAUCGUGUAUGCGUGGAUGUUUGUCGGCUUCUACCAGCACCGCCGUGAGAAGGAAUUCGGCAGCACGGUUGUGACGAUUCUUGCGAUUGCGUCUGCCCUACUGUGCUCGACACUCGUGCCCGUGGAUGUGUAUCUCACGUCCCAGUUCAAGCACGGCGACGGCACUUGGCAGCAAUGGGCACUCGACAAUGAGACCUUCCUCACCGAUUCCGUCACAUACGCCUACUACGCUGCGUACGGGUUGAUCAUGCUGUUUGUGUUCCUGAUCAUUCCGCUCGCGUAUUUCCACUUUGAGGAGAAGGACGAAAUCGACCGCCCAGGGUGCUGCAAGCGCUUCCGCAAGUCGCUCAUGUACACGUUUGGGAUGCUGGUGGUGAUGGGCAUCAUCGUCCUCAUUGGCGCACUGGCCAUCUCGUCCGGCGGCGACUCGUGCUCGGAGGUCGUCAAUGCCACCAACUGGAAGGACUGGACGGAGUGCAGGGCCACAUACGCCGAGCGCGCACUCACAGAGAGCUCUGGCGCGAAUGCCAUUUCGUUUACCGUUGGCCUGCUGACGGUGGUCGGCGUUCUCUACUUCAUCUUCUACACGGGCGUCGGGAUGGUCGCCAUGCCCCUCAACAUGAUUCGCUCCCGCCUCUCAAACAAGGACGACCGCGAUGAUGUUGAGUCUCGCAUCCGCUUGAACGAGGAAAAGUCGCAGAACAUCCGCAGCAAGUACAGCGGCCGCCGCAAGAACAAGAUGUCCCGCCGCGACCAGCGCCUCUUGGAGCAGAUGGACCACGAGACAGACGUGUUGCAGCGCGCAAACAGGCGUGCGGGCCGCAUCGAGAAGGGGUGCCUCUCUCGCAUUGCCACUGUGCUGCGGCCGUUUGAGUUCCUCUUUGGCAUUGUGUUCCUGCUCAUCUCCAUCUUCAUCGUGACGUCGCUGACAAUGACAUCGGGCGACAAGCUGCUGCAGAUCACGCAGCAGCAUCUCAACUGGAAGACCGGGUACAGCCACGCCGCCCCGCGCGUUCCAAACCCACUCGACGUCGCCCUCCGCGCCAUGCAGACGGUGUUCCCGCUGGACUACGUGGUGCUGGUGCUGGUCGUGUACUACUUCCUCGCCGCCACCAUGUCGGGUGUCCGCUCCAUGGGCGUCAGAUUCUGCGGCUUCAAGAUGUUUGACAUUCGCCGUGGACGCACGGUGCCACAGGCGCUGCUGUUCCUGGCCACCAUCGUCACGUUCACACUCCUCUUCAUCAACAUUGUGCUGCUCACGCUCGCGCCCCAGUACAUCACGUACGGCAACCAGAAGUUCCCGUUUGUGGAGCCGUACAACGAGAAAACCAACCCCAACGUCACGGCCACGCUCAUCCCAGACACCACGGCGAAGCUCUGUGACACUUCCGCCCCGCAGUACCUGUACUAUGUCACGGACAACAUGAACAGCACGCAGUACCUGUUCAACGUUGGCAUUUACGAGGAGAGCCAGGUGAACCAUUGUAUUCAGACGGUGAUGAAGACGGUCGAUGGCGCCGUAUUUGACCUGACCAACGCCAACCGCUUUGAGUGUGCCCGUUACGAAGCGUGCAAGUCCACGCGCGUUGCUGCCCUCCUCCACGCAUUCUUCUACAACAUGUGGUUCCUCGGUCUGAUUUACUACUGGGCCAACUGGGGCUUCAUCCUCGUGUUUCUGCUUGCGCUCGUCUAUCUGGGAUGCAAGCGCCGCAAGUCGCUCAUUGCCUCCCUGGUCAACGAUGCGCGUCACGACUUCAACGAUUCCGAUGACGACAUGCGCCCGUUCAACCCGGACUGGCUCUGAGCCAACACUCCACCAUCACCACCAACACUCCACCAUCACCAGCACCACCAUCACCCAUGCAUGCACUUGCACUCAGUCAACGCACCCGUGCACUUACUUGUGCACCACCCAUGCAACCCACAACACAUGUCUCGCUGUUCGUAAAACGUGUGUUGAUGUGACGCCACGAUUUGCUUGUGUCCAUGUUCUGCCUUCUUGCUCUGCCUUCCUCUUGUGUGACUGCACGCGUGCGCGUGUUUUUGUGAGCAUGUGUUGUCCCUGUGUUUACUUUCCCGUUUGCACUCAUCUUAAACGCUCGACCCACCA